CAGAAAUCUGGGACAGAGACCAAGGCCCAGUGACACCCUCUCCUUUGGCAGAUGUUGACAGAUAACAGCUGGAUCCUCCUCACAGGAAAAAGGCUUCCGUGUCUCACACCUUGUUACUGCUGUUCACUCCAAAGCCGGGUGCAGCUUCCUGGGUUUUCCAUCACAUUACUCUGCCUUGCCUCAGGCAAGACAAUGGAGCCGUCUAACAAUGGACUGAUUCCGGUCAUUGAGCGUGAGUUCCAGCCCAGCAGUCCGUGCAGAUGCUCAACUGAAUUGCUGAGAAGACAAGCUUGGGAAAUGCGCUCCCUGUCGCAGCGGGCACCCAGAAGAGCCCGGAAAAGAGCAGAAGGCACAGCCAGUUCCAAUGUCUUCUCGAUGUUCGACCAGUCCCAGAUUCAGGAGUUUAAAGAGGCCUUCACUAUCAUGGACCAGAACCGGGAUGGCUUCAUCGACAAGGAGGACCUGAGGGACACCUUCGCCGCACUGGGUCGCAUAAAUGUCAAGAAUGAGGAGCUGGAAGCCAUGGUGAAGGAAGCUCCAGGGCCCAUCAACUUCACAGUCUUCCUGACCAUGUUUGGGGAGAAACUCAAGGGCACGGACCCAGAGGAGACCAUACUGCAUGCCUUCAAAGUGUUUGACACGGAAGGAAAAGGCUUUGUCAAGGCUGACUUCAUUAAGGAAAAGCUCAUGACCCAGGCUGACCGCUUCAGUGAGGAGGAGGUCAAGCAGAUGUUUGCAGCUUUCCCACCCGAUGUCUGUGGCAACUUAGACUACAGGAAUCUGUGCUAUGUCAUCACACACGGCGAGGAGAAGGACUAGAAGACGCCCCUCCUCCGUACCUGGAGUCAGCCAAGAUUGGCUGGGUGGGGGGACCAGCGCGUGGCUCCCGUUGCUAGUGUGUGCAGGGAAAACAG